GGUGAGGUCGGAAAGUGGUGACUUUGCCUUGUAAAACGCUUUGAGAGCUGAGGCUGAAAAGUUGUGUAUGGGGAAAUUAGGGCUUGAAAGGAAGUAAUUUUUUUGGGCGGUGCAUGACUAAGGCGGCGGGCUGAAAGGGUUAACUAAUUGCCAUUAAAAAUUACAGUCGACAUUUUCUUCUCGGAUGGCAGGGAACUGGCGUGCCGCCGGUCCCCAGUGAGAGCGGGGGGUGCCUUGCCCGCACGGCCGAGAAGGGGCCGGGACUCUUCCAGCCCCAGUGGCUGCCGAGAGCCGGCGGCGGUGCGUCGGGGGAAAGGCAAGGGUCGGAGAUGUUCCCCGAAGGGCCAGUAAAAACAAAAACCCUCCUCAACUUGGGGAAAGGGGAGAAGACACCGCCUCUCUUGAGAAGGGAAAAAAGAAGAAGAAAAAAAAAUAAAGGUAAAUAUAGAAAAGCCCCGCGGCACACCGCAACGCGCGGAGGUGAAGCGCGCUCCCGCCGGCCCGCUCACUGCCACCUCUCGGUGGCCGGUCCCCGCUCGGUCCCCGCUGUGUCCCCGCGUCGCCCGCGCCCCCCGCGGCCCUCCGGGCCCGCCCGGCCGCUGACGGCGCCGCUCUCGGCGCAGGCGCAUCCGGGGCGCGGGGGGGCCGGAGCGGCGCCGCGCCCUCGCUCCGCGUCCCGGGCGGUGUCUCAGCGCAGCCAUGUCUGGCGGCGCGGGGCGGCGAGGCGCGCUCGGGCGGCGGCGCCCUCUGUGAGGCGGCGGCGGCGGCGGACGAGCGGCGGCGGCGGGCAUCCAUGUCGGCGGGCAGGGAUUAGCGCGGCGGGCACCCAGCCGAGCGGAGGGGGCGGCCGGCCCGUCGCCCCCUUCCCGCGGGGUCUCCGGCGGGAGCGAGCCAUACCCGGCUGGCGGGGGCGGGUGGACAUGGCUGACCGGAGCGCGCCGAGCUGCCACCUGCGGCUGGAGUGGGUCUACGGCUACCGGGGUCAUCAGUGCCGCAACAACCUCUACUACACGGCCGCCAAAGAGAUCGUCUACUUCGUGGCGGGGGUCGGCGUGGUCUACAGCCCCCGGGAGCACCGGCAGAAAUUCUACCUGGGGCACCAGGACGACAUCAUCAGCCUUGCUUUGCACCCCGAACGUGUGUUGGUGGCAACAGGUCAAGUUGGGAAGGAGCCAUACAUCUGUGUGUGGGAUUCAUACACUGUGCAAACUGUGUCUGUUCUGAAAGACGUUCACACACAUGGCAUAGCUUGCUUGGCCUUUGAUUUAGAUGGUCAGCGUUUGGUCUCGGUUGGUUUGGAUUCGAAAAACACAGUUUGUGUAUGGGACUGGAGAAAAGGAAAAUUGUUAUCAAUGGCUCCUGGUCAUACAGACAGAAUAUUUGAUAUUUCUUGGGAUUUAUACCAGCCAAACAAACUCGUCAGCUGUGGUGUAAAACACAUCAAGUUCUGGAGCUUGUGUGGCAAUUCCUUGACACCAAAACGUGGUGUCUUUGGCAAGACCGGUGAUCUCCAGACUAUCUUGUGCCUGGCCUGUGCAAGGGACGAAGUGACGUAUUCCGGUGCACUGAAUGGAGAUAUUUAUGUGUGGAAAGGGAUCAACCUUGUACGGACAAUCCAGGGAGCCCAUGCUGCAGGAAUUUUCAGCAUGAAUGCGUGUGAAGAGGGGUUUGCCACUGGUGGCAGGGAUGGCUGCGUUCGCUUGUGGGACUUAAAUUUUAAACCAAUUACUGUGAUUGAUCUCAGGGAAACAGACCAGGGGUAUAAAGGUCUCUCUGUAAGAAGUGUUUGCUGGAGAGGAGACCAUAUACUCGUUGGGACACAAGAUAGUGAAAUUUUUGAAAUUGUGGUGCAUGAGCGUAAUAAGCCUUUCCUGAUAAUGCAGGGGCACUGUGAAGGAGAGCUGUGGGCUCUGGCUGUCCAUCCUACAAAACCCCUGGCCAUGACUGGAAGCGAUGAUCGAUCAGUCAGAAUCUGGAGUUUAAUAGACCAUGCUCUGAUUGCCCGGUGCAACAUGGAGGAGCCCAUUCGCUGUGCCGCCGUCAGUACCGAUGGAAUUCAUCUUGCUCUUGGAAUGAAGGAUGGCUCUUUCACCGUGCUUCGAGUCAGAGAUAUGACUGAGGUUGUUCAUAUCAAAGACAGGAAAGAAGCUAUUCAUGAACUCAAAUAUUCUCCAGAUGGGAAUUUCCUAGCUGUUGGCUCCAAUGACAGCUCUGUGGAUAUAUAUGGUGUUGUUCAGCGAUACAAGAAAGUUGGGGAAUGUAUUGGAUCCUUAAGCUUCAUCACACAUAUGGAUUGGUCUUCAGACAGUAAAUACUUACAAACCAAUGAUGGCAAUGGAAAGAGACUUUUUUACAGAAUGCCAGGUGGAAAAGAAGUAACAAACAAGGAGGAAUUGAAAGGCAUUCAGUGGGCAUCAUGGACCUGUGUUUCUGGCCUUGAAGUUAAUGGAAUCUGGCCCAAAUAUUCCGAUAUAAAUGAUAUAAAUUCUGUGGAUGCAAAUUUUAUUGGUCAAGUUAUGGUUACAGCUGAUGAUUACGGAAUAGUAAAGCUCUUUCGAUACCCGUGCCUAAGAAAAGGAGCAAAGUUUAAAAAAUAUCUUGGUCAUUCUGCUCACGUGACAAACGUCAGAUGGUCGCACGAUCACCAGUGGGUUGUCUCCAUCGGGGGAGCUGAUCAUUCUGUCUUUCAGUGGAAGUUUGUCCCCGACCGCAAGUUGAAGGACACUCUUCAUAUAGCACCCCAAGAGAGUCUGGUUGAUUCUAAUAGUGAUGAAUCAGAUUCAGAUCAGUCUGAUGUUCCAGAGCUGGACUCUGAAAUUGAACAAGAGACACAGAUCACCUAUCGUCGACAGGUUUACAAAGAAGAUCUACCUCAACUUAAAGAGCAAUGCAAAGAAAAAAGAAAAAGUGCAGCUUCGAAGAGACGUGAACGAGCCCCAGGGAACAGCAUAAGACUACAUUUUGUUCAUGGUUACAGAGGCUACGACUGCCGAAGCAAUCUCUUCUACACGCAGACGGGUGAGAUCGUGUACCAUGUGGCAGCCGUGGGCGUGGUGUACAACCGGCAGCAGAACACACAGCGCUUCUAUCUGGGUCACGAUGAUGACAUCCUCUGCCUUGCUAUUCAUCCCUUAAAGGACUACGUGGCAACAGGCCAGGUUGGUCGAGAUUCCUCAAUACACAUUUGGGAUACAGAAACAAUAAAGCCACUCUCAGUAUUAAAGGGCUAUCACCAGUAUGGUGUUUGUGCUGUUGAUUUUUCAGCGGAUGGGAAACGAUUGGCUUCUGUUGGAAUAGAUGAUAAUCACACUAUUGUACUCUGGGAUUGGAAGAAAGGAGAAAAGCUUUCAGCAGUGAGGGGAAGCAAAGAUAAGAUUUUUGUUGUUAAGAUUAAUCCUUACAUGCCUGAUAAAUUGAUUACAGUUGGAAUUAAACACAUGAAAUUCUGGCGGAGAGCAGGAGGAGGACUAAUUGGGAGAAAAGGCUGCAUAGGUGCGUUGGGAAGAACUGACACAAUGAUGUGUGCAGUGUAUGGCUGGACAGAAGAGAUGGCGUUCUCUGGAACCUCCACGGGGGAUGUGUGUAUUUGGAGAGAUGUGUUUCUCAUAAAAACUGUCAAAGCACAUGAUGGUCCUGUGUUCAGCAUGCACGCAUUGGAAAAAGGAUUUGUCACUGGAGGAAAGGACGGGGUGGUAGCUCUCUGGGAUGAUACCUUUGAACGUUGUCUCAAAACCUAUGCCAUCAAAAGGGCUGCUCUGGCUCCUGGAUCCAAAGGUCUCCUCUUAGAAGAUAAUCCUUCUAUACGUGCCAUAUCAUUAGGACAUGGUCAUAUUCUAGUGGGCACAAAGAAUGGUGAAAUAUUGGAGGUGGAUAAAAGUGGACCAAUAACUCUGCUGGUUCAGGGUCACAUGGAGGGGGAAGUUUGGGGUCUAGCUACUCAUCCUCAUUUACCUAUUUGUGCCACUGUAAGUGAUGACAAAACCUUAAGAAUAUGGGAUUUAUCUCCUAGCCAUUGUAUGUUAGCUGUUCGCAAAUUGAAAAAGGGAGGCAGAUGUUGCUGCUUUUCUCCUGAUGGAAAAGCAUUAGCUGUUGGUCUCAAUGAUGGAAGUUUUUUGAUAGUUAAUGCCGAUACCCUGGAAGAUUUGGUCUCUUUCCAGCACAGGAAAGAUGUUAUUUCAGAAAUCAGAUUUUCUCCUGGGGCUGGAAAGUACUUAGCUGUGGCAUCCUGUGACAACUUUGUAGAUAUUUACAAUGUAAUGAGCAGUAAAAGAGUAGGAAUCUGCAAGGGAGCCUCCAGCUAUAUCACACACAUGGACUGGGACAUAAGAGGAAAACUUUUGCAAGUCAACACUGGUGCUAAAGAGCAGCUGUUUUUUGAAGCUCCUCGGGGGAAAAAGCAGACUAUCCCGAGUUUGGAGGUAGAAAAGAUUGGCUGGGCAUCAUGGACAAGUGUUUUGGGCUCUUGCUGUGAAGGGAUCUGGCCCAUAAUUGGUGAAGUCACAGAUGUAACUGCUUCAUGCCUCACUAGUGAUAGUAAAGUAUUAGCCACAGGAGAUGAUUUUGGAUUUGUGAAACUGUUUCGAUACCCUGCUAAAGGAAAGUUUGGAAAAUUUAAGAGGUACGUUGCUCACAGCACCCAUGUGACAAAUGUGCGUUGGACCUACGAUGACAGUUUGUUGGUGACUGUUGGGGGAGCAGACACCUCCUUAAUGCUGUGGACUUAUGAGAUGGAAGGACAUCGGGACAGCAGGCAGUGUGACAGUGAGGAGUCUGAUCUAGAUUCUGAAGAGGAUGGAGGUUAUGACAGUGAUGUGACAAGAGAAAAUGAAAUUAAUUACACCAUCAAAGCCUUAUCAACAAACAUCAGACCAAUGUUUGGAAUUAAGCCUCAUCUGCAACAAAAGGAGCCAACCUUAGAUGAAAGGCAGGGGGUAGUAAGAGGUUCCAGACCACCAGUUAGUAGGGCAUUGCCUCAGCCGGAGAAACUUCAGACAAAUAAUGUGGGGAAAAAAAAGAGACCCAUAGAGGACCUAAUUUUGGAGCUGGUAUUUGGGUAUCGAGGCAAGGACUGCAGGAACAACGUGCACUAUUUGAAUGAUGGUGCCGAUGUAAUUUAUCACACUGCAUCUAUUGGCAUCUUGUAUAAUGUGGCAACAGGCUCUCAGUCAUUUUACCAGGAACAUAAUGAUGAUAUUUUGUGCCUCACUGUGAAUCAGCACCCCAAGUUUACCAACAUAGUGGCAACUGGCCAAGUAGGAGACUCAGCAGAUAUGUCAGCUACAGCUCCUUCUAUUCACGUGUGGGAUGCAAUGAACAAGCAGACGCUGUCGGUACUGCGGUGCUACCAUUCCAAGGGCGUUUGCUCCGUCAGUUUCAGUGCCACUGGCAAACUGCUGCUGUCCGUAGGGCUGGAUCCCGAACACACCAUUACCAUUUGGAAGUGGCAGGAAGGUGCCAAAAUUGCCAGCCGAGCUGGUCAUAACCAGCGUAUAUUUGUAGCAGAAUUCAGACCAGAUUCAGAUACACAGUUUGUUUCUGUGGGAGUAAAACAUGUAAGGUUCUGGACACUGGCUGGAAGAGCUCUCCUCAGUAAAAAAGGGCUGCUGAGCUCCAUAGAAGAUGCCCGCAUGCAGACUAUGCUUUCUGUAGCUUUUGGAGCGAAUAACUUGACAUUUACAGGUACUAUCAGUGGAGAUGUUUGUGUUUGGAAAGAUCAUGUGUUGAUACGAAUUGUGGCCAAGGCUCACAACGGACCUGUGUUCACCAUGUACACCACACUAAGGGAUGGUUUGAUUGUAACAGGAGGCAAGGAAAGGCCUUCAAAGGAAGGAGGAGCAGUCAAGCUAUGGGACCAGGAGCUGAAACGAUGUCGUGCCUUCAGACUCGAGACAGGACAAAUGACAGACUGUGUUCGCUCUGUUUGUAGAGGCAAGGGCAAAAUUCUUGUUGGGACAAGAAAUGCUGAAAUAAUUGAAGUUGGAGAGAAAAAUGCUGCAUGUAACAUUCUAAUUAAUGGUCAUAUGGAUGGACCCAUCUGGGGCCUAGCAACACAUCCAUCCAGAGACUUUUUCCUUUCUGCUGCAGAAGAUGGCACAGUAAGACUCUGGGAUAUUGCUGAAAAGAAGAUGCUGAACAAAGUCAGCUUAGGACAUGCAGCUCGUACUGUUUGUUACAGCCCAGAAGGUGAUAUGGUAGCUAUUGGCAUGAAAAAUGGAGAAUUUAUUAUCCUGCUUGUGACCUCUCUAAAAAUUUGGGGGAAAAAAAGGGACAGAAGAUCAGCAAUUCAAGAUAUCAGGUUUAGCCCAGAUUCUCGUUACCUAGCAGUCGGUUCCAGUGAGAAUGCAGUGGAUUUUUAUGAUCUGACUUUGGGUCCCACACUAAAUCGAAUCAGCUAUUGCAAGGAUAUCCCAAGUUUUGUGAUCCAGAUGGACUUCUCUGCUGAUAGCUCUUAUCUCCAGGUCUCUACGGGGUCUUACAAAAGGCAAGUGUAUGAAGUGCCUUCAGGAAAGCAGCUUGUGGACCAGGCUGUGAUUGACAGAAUAACAUGGGCUACUUGGACAAGUGUUCUUGGGGAUGAAGUAAUUGGAAUCUGGUCCAGGCAUGCUGAAAAAGCUGAUGUGAACUGUGCUUGUGUCUCUCACUCGGGAAUCAAUCUCGUAACAGGCGAUGAUUUUGGCAUGGUCAAACUGUUUGACUUUCCAUGUCCUGAAAAAUUUGCAAAACACAAACGAUUUUUAGGUCACUCUGCCCACUUAACAAAUAUUCGAUUCACAAGUGGAGACAGAUACGUGGUCAGUGCUGGAGGGGACGACUGCAGCUUAUUUGUUUGGAAGUGUGUGCAUAUGCCUCAUUGAGAGAGACAUGGAGACUUGCAAAGAGGAAACUGCAUGAAGUACCAGGCAUGAAACACCCAGGAUUGCAAUGUGACAUUCUACUGUGCCCUGCAUGCGUAAGAAGUGACCCAAGACACAGAGCAGUCUGUCUCUGACAGACAGGACCUGGAGUCUGCCAGAAAGAUGGACACACUGAGGCUGCUAGUUUUGCUUCAGUGUCAGAUAAUCUGGGUUUGUAUUCCACUCACUGCCAGAUGUUGAAAACAAAAUAUGUGGAUGAAAGGAAAAAGUGAAUUGUUAAUCAAUGUACAGUUUCACAGCAAGUCCUUGGGGUUUUAAUCAAGAGAUGCUAUUUCUGACCUAGUGCUGUACAUUGAUCUAUUUUCAGCAUGAAUGUUUUUCCUUUAAGUUUUGAGAUCUAAAUAGCAUAGGUAAAAAGAGUAUUCCAUAUUUUAUUACUGGGAGAGACCAUAUAUUAACUCUUAAAUAUAUAGUAUUUUAAUAAAUGUUUAAUUAUUAUAAUAGAAAUUAUAUUUCUAUGGCUGGUCAAAAGGAAACAUCAUAUCUGAUGAAGCAGAAAAUAAUAGAGUUGAUUCCUUAUGACUGAAAUAUUUCUGUAUUUAGAGGCCUGGGUCACAGUCAUGUCUGGUGAAGGCCGUUGGAUAUGCAUGAUCUUCAUGGCUAAUUUAGUGUUUUUGUUGCACUUAAACAUUAAAUUAGUUCUAUGAGCAAAAAUAGAUUUGCUCACUUUGCGAGUGCCUUGCCCACUACCUAAAAGUCUAACUCCAAUUUUUGCCUUGUGAAUAAAAGUAUUCUCAGAGGAAGAGAGAUUAUUGCUGUGUUACUUGACUGGGCUGUGAGCCUCUCUGCUGGAAAUGAGGACCACGGUGAGGAUUUUGUAGUCUUCUUGUCGAUAAAAUUUGGGAUGUCAGCAGUGGCAAAAAUAGAAUUUCAGAGCAAUAUGAAUUGAUUUUAUUUUCUCAGCAUCAUAGGGGAGAUUCAGAGUGAACUUUCCGAGCAUUAUAUUUUAUACAUUUGAACUUUUUAAUAGAGUUAGGACUAGCUGGGAGAUGUCUCUAUUCAGAUUUCUCUUCUGACUGUAAAAAAUGUCCAGCCAUCUGCUUCUUUGAAUGGACCUGCUGUCACCUCGAGCAUUUAUUCUAUCCUGCAACGUAACUGAGAUUCUAAGUUGGAGAAACAUUUCAGUGAUAAUAAAAUCCUGAACAAAGCUGUGUUUUGGGUACAAGUGAGGAAGGUUUCAUCAGCUGUUUGUCUAAGUCAUGCCAUAGAGAGGCAUUACAGACAGUUAAUUUUCAUGCAAUAUAGCAGGGAUCAAAAAUCACUAAUUAUCAGCACUGCUCUCAUUGUGGCAUUCUGCUGUGAACAGAAAGCUCUCUUUCUGUGUAAGCCAGCAUUGCUUUGACAGUGGCACUUGUUUAGGUCAGUCAAGAGGCUUUGGUAUUUUUCAUCUCUUGCGUUUUCUUAUGCCAGAUGAAAAAGAAAUAAACCUCAUCUCUUCUUGUAAUCAUCUUGUGUACGUGUUGGUUACAGAGGGAAUGGGAGGACUUGCAGGUAGAAGAGAAGGAGGAGAAAAGUUACAGAACCAAACUUUUGUGCUCUCCUUGUUAUGUGCUAUACAAAACCUAGUUACCCAACUGUCUUAGCUAAUAUAUUUUAUAUAUCAAUCUGUAAUGAAUAUUUAUUUUAAAGAAGUUGAUGAACUAAACAGUUAUCAGGUUUCUCAGCAUGAUGGUUCUCAGCAAAGUCUUGCCAGUCAUGCAGCUGCUAUUCUACAGGAGCAAAAACUCAGAGGAUCUGGUCAUGAGUGUACAGGGAGAUUUUGGCAGUAAUGUUUUUGAGUUUAAGAGAAUUGCAAAUGAGAGUUGUGAUGUAUCUCAUAACCUUGUUCUUGUCUGUCUGUUAUACAUGAAAAUUAGUCUCUAGUGUUUAUAUCUUCUCUUUACCAGAGAAAUGGUUUGCAGUGUGCUCUUUUGUGGCUGUGAUUCUGUCCCUUAUUAAACACAUCUGUGCAGGACUUUCACACUUGAAUAAGAUUUUUCCUGCCUCUAUUUUAAAGUUGCCUUUCCUUGGAUCAAGAUGGAUGACUUUGAAGAGCUCACUCAUAGUCUGUCCUCCUUAGACUGCCAGAUCAAAGUCCAUAUUUUUGUCUCUGAGUUUUCCCCAUAAAAUCCUAGGCUCUGCGAGCUCUUCUGUCGGCCUUCACCCAGUGAAGGAGGUAUGUGGAUCAAGAGGGUUUGUUCCUCAAAUCCCUGUCACUGAUCCUCUUCUCCUCCCUCCUCCUCCCUCCCUCCUUCAUGAACGCUGUGCCUCUCCACUGAUAAUUUGUCCAUUGGUGCUUUUCCCCUGAGGAAUCCCAAAGGCCACACCAGAGCUGAAGGAUGGACAGAAAGGGGUGGGACGGAUCGGGCUGAGGGCUGCAGCCUCCAGGUCUCCCUGCUUCUUCAUUCUCUUCCAAACCUCACCGCUGCUGGAAAGGGCUGGGAUGGGAGCUGGAAGCUGAGGAGCUCUUUAAAAACCAAACUGCCAUCAUUGUUCCUCCUCCUGCAGCCUGUUUUGGUAGCCAGUGUUUUCCCUGGUGAAACUGCUCUGUGGUUUGCCAGGUAAAAAUGGGGGCAGCCAGCUGGGAAUGAUCUCAAAUGUUGAGGAGAAGAGUGAGCAGAGCCUCAGUCGCAGUUUGGAGCAUAAAGUAGCUGUGAUUCUGAGCUGGCUGGCAGCAUGGUCCAAGCUGGCAGCUUUCUGGUGUUCUUGGUCUUUUUGUCUGUGAUGGUGCUUGCUACUGUGCCUCAUUUGCUGUUUACAUUAAAUGCUACUGUAGUAACUUGCUAAUUGUUGCCACCCAUGGUCAAAGCAUGUGUACAUGGGAACAGGCGCCUGCUCUGAUGGGCAGUGGGAGCUCGAGGCUGGAUGCUCCACACAGAAGUCAGAGGAGGACAGAACCCCAUAGGAUAGGUCAGGAAAGAAGCUGGAAAGUGGAGGGACUAGUGACAGCCUUUCAUCUGGAAGCAUCAGAGCGAACGGAGAGCAGGAGGGCUUUGCCUGAAGCUGGAGAAAAUCUCUUCUGCACCAGGAUAGGGGAGGCAAAAGGUCUUUGUGUAAUUUAAUAACUUACAGUGGAUGAUUUUUUUACUGGAGCUUGUCUUUUUGGUUAGCAGCAAACAUACAUUUUUAGAAUCUUUACUCAGCAAUAUUUUUUGGUAAUAAAAGAAAUUAACUAGAGAACUAUAUAAAAAAUCAAAUAACAUUUUAGUUAAUAAAAUAAAUAUGCCCUUGAAAGCUAAUAAACAUAAUUAGGAAAAAAGAGAAUAAGGAGAAUCCAGCUCCUAGGAGCAAGGAAAUAUAAAAAAAAUUCCACAUUUAGAACUGAAAGUUGCCAUAUUGCCAUAGUGCAGUCAGGUUAAUGCUAACCUGGACUUGUGCCAUCAGAAAGCAGGUCCAUUCCAGGUGAGACAUCUCCUCAGUCUAAAAUAAGACCAAAAUAAAGCACUUCAGUACCAAGAGCAGGGCUUUGAUAGCAUUCAGGAGUGGCUUAGUUUAAAACCAUGAUCCAGUUCUCUCAGCUGCUGCCUGAAGCACCUGAGCCCCACUGUUUGAGCUGCCAGUUUGCCAAGAGACCCAGCUCCCCUGAGCCGCCCCAAGCACGGCCGUGCAGCACCUCCCCUGCCUCGGGAUCCUACCCAGCCCGGGCUGGGUGUGCUGGGCAAGGUGUAAGAGUGUCACCAGCAAAGGGUCUUGGCUUUGAAUGCAGCAUUUUAUUGGGCAAGGUGGCAUGUUCCCUAUUUCAUUAUCAGUGUCAGAGAUGUGACCAGCCUUAAUCCUGAAAGUGUUUUUUUUUUUUUUUUUUUAAUUCUGUUAAUAUAAGCUAUAGAGAGAUGCCAUCUUGUCAAUGUUUUGGACAAAGUGGAGCAUCAUGUAGACUCUACAGAAGGGGAAGUAAGACUGCAAAUCACAAAAUGAAUUGCCACAUCAGUGAUGUAAACACCCCUAGUUGCACUGCAUUUGUGUGCUUUUUUGUUCUGACUGGUUUUUUAUGCUUUCUUGCAACUGGCUCUAUUUUUUUUAAAUUUUUAGCAGCAUUUGAUUUCUCUUCAUGUGGAUAGAUCCAUGUGCUUGCCAAAGCCUGCUGUCAUUCUUCAUGCCAUUCACUGUUGGUUGAUUACACCAAGCCCAUUUAUUUUGUCGGCCCUGCCUUCUGCUCUUCACUUAGCUUUGACUUCAGACUGAAACUCUACAUAUCUCCUUUUAGAAAUACUAACAGAAUAGUUUCAGGUGUCUAAUAUGCAUAAAAGCCACAAUAGGUUUCCUUGCCAAAAUCAUUUGCAUCUAAGAAGUACCAGGUGGUUUUCUCAGUCUAUUUGAUGCUAGAACAGGGAAACACUCAGCAUAUUUUUCUCAAUUUACUAUCAGUAAACCCGUCACAACCUUGAUACCUUGAUCUGUUUUUUUUUGUUAGGUGUGAGAUCAGCAAUCCAACCCAUUCACUACUUCUUUGGAAAAGAAGUGGAAAAAAAGCAUGGAACGUGUGUUCUCUUCUCCAUCCCUCUCUUUUUGUUUUAAAACAAAACAACAAAAGGCGUAAGGCCUUAGCAUGAUGACAGUAGGCGAUUCUUCUCAUUUCCAUGAUGCUUACAAUUUCCUCUUCUUUUUGGAAUUAUGGAACAUAGGGUGGCAGAAGCAGUAACAGGAAACCAGUAAACAAACAUGGAGAAAAGGCAGAAGAAAGGAAAGCAGAGAAAGGGACGCUCAAAAAUAGGCAAAGGCUAGAACUGACAUGGGUGGUGGUGGGUGGCAAGCAUCUUGUUUCGAGUGGGAAGCAUUCAGUGGCUGCUUGGGAAGUGUAAGGACUGGACAGCAGCAGAGUGCUCAAGGAAAGGCUGCAGGCAGCUUUGGUUGCUCUGUUUUUGGGAAGAUGCAGCCACUCCCACUCACUGCUGUCUCCAUUCCCAGACCUGUGGCACACCUGUUCAGAGCUGAGGUGCAGCAGCAAAGCACAGGUUACCCACAGCUGCAGUGGAUGCAGUGGAACAAAGAAAGUGCUGUAAAGACAGAAGUGCUCUGUAGUACUGAGAGCUCAGGCAAAAGAAUUGAAGGAUGUAUUUUAAAAUGCUACUUAUCUUUCCACCUAAACCAAACACGGAUUGCUUUAAUAGGCCUCCUCUGAAAAUGUUAUUCAAACAAAAAAUAUUAAACCAAAGAAAUAUUAUUCUUCAGAAAACUCUUCUUAACCAAGCUGUUGCAAUUACUGCCUCUCAUUUCUUUCCUAUUCAGCAGUUCUUGAUUCUGUUCCCAGGCAUUCAUACCAUUUAAGAGGACAGACAUGAAAGCUGUGGGCUCUACAUUUUACUCAAGGUGUGACAGCCAGAGGAAUCUGCAGAGGGUGGUUCAGAUCCUACUUGAGCCAAAUUUUCCUUCAGCAGUUCCAUGCCAUGGGCCUUCAAAUAUAUAGGUAGUCAGGUGAAUGUAAUUAGACCCAAAAAAGAAAUCUGAGUAUAUAAAUCAGUAUAUAUCAGAGAAAUAAAUCAGUAUAAAAUUCUUGAUUUGAUCCCAUAGUAAACCAUUAUCAAAAAAGGAAAUAAUUACAGUAAAGUUUAUGUAAAACACAAUCCAAAUGUAUUAUAAGUGCUGGUUAGGUAACUGGACUUUACUUGUAGCAACUUUUUGUAAGUAACUCAAAAUUUGUGCAGGAAUAGCAGGACUGAUCCUUCUCCAGUUGCAAGAGGGCAGUUGAGUCUGGGACUCAUGUCAAAAGGCAGGAUGUUCCUAUUGCUCAGUAUGUUUGGAUUUCUGUUCCAGAAGCCAACGUUGGUGUUUCCUUAGUUUCUAUAGCUGUUUGUGGGAUACCUUCAAGACCCUACUAAGUGAUUUUGCCCUUUGCAGCACAUAUCUCGCUUAGUUUGUGCACUGAUGUCGUGUGAAAAACAGAAAGAAACCGAAACCUCAAAUGUUUUUUGUUUUUUAAUGAUAUCCCUCAAAGUAUUGUCAUGUCUGUUCCAGUGAUGUGAAGAUCCAUGUGACUCGCACUGUUUGCAAAGGAAAGCAGGUUGUGUCCACUUAAUUACUAAGUGGCACCCGCAUAAUGGGUGUGUGUUAAACCAGAGGAUUAAGGCCAGAUGUGCUUUACCAGUUUUCUAGGAUGAAGGGACAAUUGCCACUGUCCCAUUGUGUGUGGUGCUGCAGAGCUCAUAAAGCUGGUGCUGCCUUCAGCUGCUCUCAGUGGGGCUGAGGAAGAAGAUGAGGCCAUAAGGAUAAAAUGUAAAUUAUUGCAACAAGUGUUGCAUUGGUGGUUCUGAAAAAGGGCUGUAGUAGAGGAGUAUUUUAGUUUCAGUCCUCUGCAGGACUGUAAGCCUUUAGGGUAAACAAAGACAUGUUUAUGUAAUAUCCUCCAUUAUUCCUUCAUUAGCUUUGGCUCUGCCUCUUUCCCACAGAAGCCCCUGUCCCAGCUCCCCAGCUCUCCCCUCCCAGCCGCCAAAAAAGUUAAUUUUUUUAAUGUCGUGGCUGAGAGGGUCAACUUUAACCAGAGAUUUGCUGUUACUGUGGUCAUUUGUAAAGACCAAAGCCAAUCCCAAGCAUUCUGUUGCUGAAAUUUAAUUUUCUAUUAACUUCAUUGCAAAUUCUUGAGAUGGGGGAUAAGGGGGAGGGUGGAUCUGUCCAUGCAAUGGAGCUGGAAGUGGUACUGCCAUAACACCAUGGUUUUUUCAACCACCUGUUGCACCCAGGACAUGUGUGACACUGUAUUCUUUUGGAAUUCAGUAAAUAUCCUUUCAAAAGGAACUCCAGGCAUGAACACAGACACACAUUGCAUGAAAUAAAAAUGGUUUCCUGUAAUUUUGUGAAACGGUGCUGUUGGGUAGUACUUUACACAUUUCUGGUCUGUUUUUCCUUUUCUUGCUACUAUGUACCCUGGUGUUGUGGUUUCAGGUGCAAAAUAGCUUGAUUUAUUUUUAAGCAGUAUCUGGUAAUUAGCUUAAUUUCUGCUUUUUAGUUCAGUUAUAGGUAUACAGAAUAAAGUAAUGGAAAAGCUGCGUUACUGAUUUGUGAAGCAAGCUAAGGCAUUUUUAAUGUAAAAUUCCAUAUUAGAAUACACCCCAGCCCAAAAUGGUAACUUGAAAAUGUAACAAACUAGGUAAACGCAUUACAACCAUUUCAUUUUUUAGAUGCAGGUUUAGCUUUGUAGCUUGGUUUGUUCACUGUUUUUAGCAGAGGAAAGGCUUUUCUCACACUGAGCACUGUGCAGCUGGUGACAGCCCAGCACAGCAGUGGAAAUGCAGCAAUGGAGAUGGUCCUGGUCUUCUGCUGCCCUUACAAAUUCUUGUCUCCUCAUCUCACAUGGAAAAUAGCUUCAUGGUGGCAGCUAUUUCUGCAAGGGACAGCUAAUGAAGGCAUGGGGAAAUUCUGUAGAAAAAUAAUGUUCUUUGCAGUCUUUCAUCUGGAAACCCAUUCCAGCAGUGCUCUGUGCAACACCAGAGCACAUCCUCUCCUCUCCCCUCCUCUCCUCUCCUCUCCAGCCCCCUGUCAGAUCACCUUACAAAAAUAUUUUACUGUCGUUCUUUAAGCUUAAAAUGCAAUUGUCUGUUCAGAUUUGUUGUUUCAUUAUGGAGUGUGUCGGAUAAUCCCUCUUGCUUUAACAAGAAAAAAAAAAAGAAAAAAAAGGUAUUUUAAACUAGUCCAAAGGUAUGGUCAUAUAUUAUAUGGAUCAUGGGUUUAAGUGUACUCCAUUUUGGUUUCCACCAUGAACAUCUAAUUCCUGUAACAAUGUUGUAUGUUUAUUUAAAGUAUAUAUAUAUAUAUAAAUUAAAUGUCAGAUUUUUUGCAUUAAGUAAGAUUUUUUAAAAUUUGAAUAUGAGCUUUGAGUACUUUAUUUAAAAAAAAAAUUAAAAAUACUUUUCCUGGAGUGUUAGGUUUCGGAAUUCAAGACUAUAUUUGUCAAAUUUAAGUUUAAAAUAUGUAGCUAUCAUUGUUUUCUGAUAUUGAAUGUAAAUAUUUGUAAAAAUAAAUUCUUUUGUAUAUUUUUGUGAAAAUGUAGUUCCCCAAAAUAUAAAAAAGAUUUAAUAAAAAAGUGCAUUUAUGUUACUGUU